AAAUAUCAUCCUCCCAAACAUUAUCCUAAGCAAACUGGUUGAACACUGUGAGAACCAAUACUAUAUCUUUCUGAAGAGAAGUUUCCCACAGUGAAGAACUAAGCUUCACCAUGACUUGCCUCCACCUCCACUCUUCAUUGUUUCCCUUGCAUGCAAAACUCAAACUGCAACAACAACAUCAUAUAGGGAUGGAGAAUACUACAAAACUACUCUGGGGUGUAGAACCAAGCAGGACUAAUCCACAUUGCAAGAACUUUUCUUCAGCAAGUUCAUUAAGGACUAAGGCAAUUCAAGAUUUCAUUGUUGUUGCUGCUACUUCUCCACCCAAACCCGGUGACCUGGCUACGUUCCUUCCAGUAAGUGCCCUGCUUUUAACAUUUUACUUCAUAUCAAAUUUCAUCGUGCCGGAUAUUCUUACCAAAUAUUAUGGUUUCGAUAAAGUAAACGAAGACAAGGUUGAUGAUGUAGAGGAUAAAUAGACAAGCACUCCUGAUAUGAAGAAAACUUUUAUUACUAUGUACUGAAGAUGUUGAGCACUCCUGAUAUGAAGAAAUGUUUUAUUACUAUGUACUGAAGAUGCUAGAACAACGACUUUGUAGUUGUAUGAAUUUGUUUUUGUAUCCUUAGUUUGCAUUAAGAUAAUAAAAGGAAUUUGUAUUGUUUUAAA